UGAGUAAAAUUUAAAUACUGUAUUUGGAAAAAAAGAAAUAAACUGAAACUCUUAUAUUUUAUUUAUACUGCACCAUGGGAAAUUGUAAUCCUUCAAAUCAACAUGGCGUCGAAGAAAGGGGUCAAAGUAAUGAAAGUAGCAAAAAAGGUUGCUGAAUCAGGUUCAAAAUCUACAUUUCUUAAGGCAACCAUCCCUGCCGGUAUGGCAACCCCAGCCCCUCCACUCGGUCCACAGCUUGGGGCGAGAAACAUCAACAUAGCACAGUUUUGCAAGGACUUCAACCUUAGAACAUCUAAGAUGAAGGAAGGCACACCCUUACCAUGUAGAGUAUCAGUCAAUGCUGACAGAACAUACAAUUUGGUGAUACAUCAUCCUCCAGUAACCUAUUUCUUAAAGCAAGCGGCAGGGAUAAAGAAAGGUGCCACAAGACCAGGUCAAGAAGUGGCUGGGAAAGUAACUCUGAAGCACAUUUAUGAAAUUGCUAGAUUAAAGAGUGAAGAUCCAACAUUUGAAGGAAUACCUCUUAAAAAAGUAUGCGAACGCAUCUUGGGGGUAGCACACUCCAUGGGAAUUCAGAUUGUCGAAACAGUUCAAUUUAAAGAAUAUCAACGCUUUCUGAAUCAAAGAAAAACAAUAAUAGAAGAGGAAGAAAAAGAACUAGAAGCAAUAAAACAAGCAAAGUUAUUAAGAGUAUAGUACAGAUGUGGAGUAAUUUAU